AUGGCUGCCCGCGGUGCUCCCGAUCGCGCCCUAAGGCACAAUGGAACGGAUAUAUCCCGUAACGCGAUGGGUGUGUGUGGUGAGGUACCGGACUAACUUACCUUUGACAAUUUAGUCCCGUUUUCUCUGCCGAACUGCUUGUUUGAAUGUGACGAAAAACAACACACUUGUACAACCCGUCUUGCUGGCCUGCUUUGCUGUCGCUCUCUGUUGUCAGGUUACUUGACGUUCAGAACCUCUAUAUUAUUCAUUGCUCAGUUUUACUUGCUGCCUUUAGGGUUAGAGGCUCGUGAGAUAUAACUGGUUAGUUCGUGAGGAUAUUACCAUUUACGUCAUUGGUGACCCCGACGUUAUCGCAGACUAUACCUUUCUGUGCCAUACUGAAUAACAUUUAACGAACUAAUUGUUUGUGAAUUUCUAUUCCAUUUACGUCUACUUUUCCCACGAAUUCUGAUAUUUUACCAUCUCUGUCUUAAUUAUUAUGUCUCAUUCCAACCAAACAACUUGAUGCCCCCGCCCAGUCCCUUCACGCCAUCAAUUUACCUUGCGUGAAUUCUGGCAACACGCUCCAGAACUUCAUUUCAUCCGCAUCGAAUCAGCCUUUUAUUCUGCUAACGUUACCAAGGAGCUGGGGAAAUGCCACAAGUAAAGUGAAGCUCUGAAGUCUGUGGCACCUUUUCAAAAUCAUAUUGGUAGUAAUAUUGCGUGUGGUUACACAGAAAAGUUAAUUUUCAACACUCACACACAUGUGCGCAUUGUGCGUAAGAUAGUUGACCAAAGAAAAGCGCAUUUAAUUCGUGACACGACCAUGACCAUCUCCCUCGUGAAGUAACAGUGCUGACUUGCCUGAAAACUGGACAGUUUCUGCCCUUUGGACUUAUCAGUCAGAAAUGGUUGAGUCAUCUUCUACCGAAAUAUUUUUUUGACUUUCCAGGACAACCUUUUGAUGGAUACGGAAGAGGUAGGUCAGCUAUGCUAGGUUUAUUUUCCUUGUUAUGACGUCCUAUACACCCCCAUCUUCCAAUAUUUGCUUUAUUCUCAUCUGUGGAAUCCCACAAAGACGGGAGAGGGUGAAAAGGUCAUUUCGGGUCAUCCACAGGCCGCACUACAACGUCAGAGAGGGAAGACCCGACGGUUACGCCCUGUCGACUGUGAUCAGGCAAACUUUAUAUAAUCUGCGAUGGGCAUUGCUCGAUGGCCAACUGCGCCCGCGUGCGAAUCUGAGAUCUUACCGGUCUGGGGGGCGCAUAUUUACCGACAGAUGGCGUCAACCAACCCGUUAAUGCCUGCUCUGGUCUAAAUCGUCUUUGACGUUAAUGUGUUCUGUGAUUGACCGCGUUUCGCUACUCAGCCGCUUGCGAGGGCUCUGAACCCUGAACUCCAGAACCACCUGUUUCUGUUCAACAGACAGGAGAGAUCGAUGAGGGUCAUUUACUGGUGACAAAACCACUCGAAAAGACAGAUGGCAAAGUGCGAGACAGUUAUGUCCUGUGCAGUCACCCGUAUAUCGACGCAACUGCAGCUUCUCUGGGUGCUGAAAAAUGUUCAUCCAUCUUGCAAGUAUGCGGUUGCAUAGCAACAUCGACCCCAGUGUGUCCACCGCUUUGAUUUCUUGCUGUCUCAGAAACGGAGUUUGCGUGUGAAUCCGAAGCGUUAAGCAAACAGAAUUCUGGUUCUAACGACCGAUAUUCCCUCUUUUUAAAAUGCAUGCCCGAUCGUACUGCCAAUCCUGUGAACAUUGAGCCAUGUUUUAUAACUGGUAUAUACUAAAGUGCAUGAAAAAGCGACCAGCAGUUGGCAGACAUCCCAAGAUGUGCCUGUAGGCCCUGCAGCGGAAUCUUUGUCGAGUUAUUGACAUUUCAGCGUAAAACAUCUCAUCUUUAGGUCUAAAUUUUGUGCCAAAUUCCAUCUUUAGCACCAUGCUGGGAUGGAAUCCAAAAUACCGCCAGAUAAUGUACGCGUUACGCCUACGUGGAUGGAUCAGACGCGUACCGGUACGUGAACUGUUUUAUCUUUGAUCACUACAUCGCCUGUUUGUCAGUCCUCCACAUUUGCUCCCUAAUGCUCUCUCUCCCUCUCCCUCGGACUACAAUUUCUGCCACUGUUUUCGCGAGACAUGCGGUUUCAGCCUGAGCCACAACGUAUUCGCGAUGCCCUGACAGCUGAGUAUGGCUACGCUGAUGGAGAUUAUUAGUGAAUCAGUGCUGUUACAGCAAGGGACUGGCGCAUUAAGGAACUAAUUCAGACGUUUAAAGGCGUACGUGUCAGGUUUCGUUACCAAAAUCUUCUCCCAGUAUGAGUGCUGAAUACCUUCACUCAGCUACGGAGUGGCAGAUGCCUACUUAUAAUGGUGGGGUCUAUUUAUUUAGAUUGUGAAGCUUCUAUUCUCAGCCACUCUCCAGAUGUCCGGCGUCUUCUGUGUCCCGAAGCAAUAGUUUUGGCGCUGGUCGCUUUAGGUUUUAGAUGGAUAAAAGCCACCUCGAAGCGCUUUACGGAAGACUGCUCUCUUUCAAUCUAUAACAUACAAGUCAGCGGGCAGAGCCAGAAGACUGGCUGUCCAGUUCAUUGCACAUAUGCAUGCCAUUAGAACAUGCGGUGUGGACAGUAAUACAGACUGCAAAAAUGCAAUCAGUAAAGUGUUGAGCCGACACUCUAUGGCCACAGCACCUGGAAGAUGGCGAGUGCUCACCCUCUUAAGACGUGUUGUUUUCUCACGUGGGCUAUAUCUUUAGGUCCGUGAAUGUCAAGACGCUGCCUCUUCAUAGGCGAUCGUUUGGCCGGCGCAAGUGACGAGGUCCACCACGGCCCCACAAGAUGGGCACAGCCACAAGACCUAUGGGAGAGGGAGGAGGAAGUUAUCUAGGCAAUGGCAGGGUAAAGGACCCCACUUAACUGUCGGUGGACUGUGGAUCGUGCCAUACGGGAAUGGUAGCGAUGGGGGCUUCACGGAUGAGGCAGCAUGUCAAACAGUAAGCUGAAGAAAUGCAAGAAUACACAGCAAUUGUUAGGAUUUCCGCUGAAAUUCUCAUCGUACGCCUUCGCGUGCGGCAGUGAAAUGGACGCGUUAGCGGAAUUUGAGCAAUGGUUCGAGGUUAUGGGAAGUAAUUGUUCUUGGCAGUAUAAUGCCUGCACCGGCUUGCAAAUGGAUGCCAAGAUAAACCCCAUAUGACAGGAUCCACAGUCUACAGGCAGUUAUGAGGUCCUUCACCCUAUAAUGAGACAGGCCUCUACGUAACCCACUUCCCCCCGUCUCUCCUUCCCCAUAGCCACCGCGUUUUUGCGGCAAGACAAAGCUAAAACGACUGUGGAUGGGCGUGUGUGUACUGGUUAACAAGGCUAAACAGCCCGUCUACACGUGCAACACACCGCCUGGUUCCGAAACCCUCGUGUAUCAGGCCUCGUUGAGGGGGCCUGAAUCAUGGGCAAGUGACGAUGUCAUAAUGGUCACACCUGGACGGUGUCACUGAAGCCUGACUUUUCGCGCUUAGCAGAACCCUGUUACCCUUCCAUUUCUGAUUAAUGUGGACACACUUGAAAUAGGUCUUCAAAGUGUCCCCGUAGUGAUGUUUUUGUCCAACUUAUCUGCAGAUGGACUUGGCAGCGUCGCCGUCGUAG